UCAAACAAUUGCCACACACCGCUAGUAGAGCUGCAACCGGAGAACAACUACCCAACCACCAUGAAGUCGGCCAUCAUCGCACUUGUCCUGUUCGCAGCCAUUGCCACUCAAACACUGGCACUUCCCACCGAUUGUGUCAAGCAUAGUUCCAAUGUGGAUCGUCACACCGUGCGGCUGUACGAUUGCGAUGGGCUUAACUACGAGCUGGGUUCGAACUGUCUUUCGAAAUACUUCCAUCCGACCGAAGUGCAGGACUACCCUCGUCGGAGCUGCAACUGUGGCAAGUGUGACACCUGCCGAGACUCACACUAUCCAUGCUCGCACUACCCAUACUCACACUACCCGUACUCGCACUACCCACACCGUUACGGAUUCGCUGCGCACGUGGGCCGUUUUGCUUUCUGAGAAAAGGUGUGAUGUUUUUCGGGAACACAAUUGCGUACGGUAGAUUAACACAAACGAAACGGAAAUAAACAAA